CGAAGACAUUGUACUCUGUUGCGUCUGAUGUUUUCUGCAUGUGACAAUUAUUGAUUGCACUAAAAAAUGAGCAAAAUUGCAAAACUGCUUCUGUUUUUGAUAAGCACAUGUUGCUAUGACUCCAUGGAAAUGCAUAACUCCAGUUCUCUUCCGCUGCGACCUUCACAUCGUCAUUUAAGAACACCUCGGCACGAAUGGUCCGAAAAAUACCGCUGUGAACCGCUGCAAAUUGAAUCUAGCGUAGCUUACGCUGGACUGAAAAACGUUGAGCCAAACAUUGCGUAUUACCAUGGCAGAUCGCAUGGAGUUGUUGACUGCUUCACCUUUUCGACUAAAACAUUAGUGAUGCUCGGUUUUGGCCCUGGAGAGAUUCACCUACUUGGAGCUUCUUUGGGAGGACUUGGCGUCGAAAAAUACGUCAAGUGUAGGGAUCUUGGAUCGCACAGCGGGUGGAUGACACGUGACGCAACACGCAACGAAGUCAACAUUCAAAGUGUUCUAUGCCUGGAGUACAUCUAAACGACCCUUGAAUUAAUCUCUAGACUGAUGCUAUUAUCGCCGAUGUACACAGAGCUGUGCAAUAUGCCAUAGUGUGUAAAAAAUUUGUUCACACAACUCUACAGCCAACAGUUCCAAGGGGUGAUGAUCAGUGGAAUACUGUGAUGGUAGAAAAGUUUUUUUUUCGAUAAGCAGCUGUUGUUAUAGAAUUGAAAGCUAAAAUGAUGUUAUCGUAAUAAUUUUUCGUGUUGUCUUUUAUGCUGUACAAUCUUGAAAGUAAAGAUCGAUCCUGGAG